AUGAAUCGCGAUAAGCAGAAUCUUCCCAUCUUCCGCGAGAAAGACGCAAUUCUCUCCUCCGUCAAAAACAACAUCGUCACAGUCAUCAUCGGCGAUACAGGAUGCGGUAAGAGUACCCAGGUUCCCCAGUACCUCAUUUCGGCUGGCUGGAAUCACAUCGUCUGCACGCAGCCGCGUCGAUUAUCGACGAUCAGCCUGAGCGAGCGAGUCUCCAAGGAAAUGUACUGCGAGGAAACGGGCGAUAUCGGCUAUCAAAUUCGCUUCGAAAGCAGCGGGCGAGGCACCAAACUGAAAUUCGUUACGGAGGGCGUGCUGAUCAAACAAAUCCAAUCCGAUCCGCUCUUUCAGCAGUACUCCAUGGUGAUCAUGGACGAAGUCCACGAGCGACACAUCACCACCGACGUUCUGCUCGGAAUGAUCAAGCUGAUCGCGCUGAAACGCCCGGAGUUUCGCGUUGUGAUCAUGUCGGCGACGAUGGAUCCGCAGCAGUUCAUCGAAUUCUUUCAGAAGCCGGUGGAGGGAGUGGCGAAUCAGCUGUCCGUGAACGUGAUUCAGGUGCCUGGACGAACGUAUCCCGUAACAAUUCAUUAUUGUCCGUUGGAGGAAAUCGGAGUGAAGCGAAGACGCGGACCGCGCGAAGAGCGCGAGAGCGGGCUGUAUUUUGGGACGGAAGAGCUGGAUCCCGCGCCGUAUCUCCGGAUUCUAAAAGAAAUCGAUCAGAAUAUGGACGUGAAUGAGCGAGGCGAUGUGUUGAUUUUCGUGAGCGGAUUGAAGGAAAUCAACACGAUCAUUAACGCGUUCGGCGACUACGCCACGUCGUCGGGUCGCUGGGUGCUUCUCCGCCUCCAUUCGACGCUUCAAAGCUCCGAGCAGCAGUUAAUUUUCAACCCCACGCCGCCCGUCGCGUUUCAUUCAUUCAUUGAGUCGCAGGGCGUUCGGAAAUGCAUCGUCUCCACAAACAUCGCGGAAACCUCCGUCACGAUCCCCAACGUUCGGUACGUCAUCGACAGUGGAAAGUCGAAGGAAUUGGCGGAGCCGUCGCUCAACGCGGGAUCGACCGUGCAGCUUCACGAGUAUUUUAUUUCGCGGUCCAGCGCGCGCCAACGUGCAGGAAGAGCAGGACGAACGGGGCCGGGCGUUUGCUAUCGAUUGUACAGCGAGGAGGAUUACUAUGAGAUGAUGGAGUACUCGAUCCCCGAGAUUUUACGCGGGAAUCUGGACGAUACGGUGCUGCUGAUUCAUUUGCUGCACGCGCUGAAAAUUCUUUCGGUCGCGUCGAUUGCGGAGUUUCCGCUGCUGGAUUGUCCGUCGUCGCUGACGAUUCGACAUGCCGAAAAACGGCUCGAGAACUAUGGAGCUUUGAAUCAUGCUCACGAAAUCACGUCGUUAGGCGUGUUGUUAAGCUCGCUUCCUUUGCCCGUUUCGCAAGGAUACUUUUUAGUAAUGGCUGCGUUUUUGGGACAGCCGUAUUUGGGAGUGGUCGUGUGUUCCACUCUUUCGUUUCAAGUGUUUUUUUGCUGUUUGAGUAAACAAUAG